AAGCCGGGGAGAGGCGGGGUCAUCUCUGUUCCCCUUGAGCAAAAAUGCAAGGAGCGCCCCGCCCCGCCCCUCAGUGCGCGGGGCUGAUUGACAGGCAGCACACCCACCACCACUGUCGCUAACGGCGAAGAUGGCAGAGCGGCAACAACAGAAGCACGAAGGCAGGGUGAAGAUCGGCCAUUACAUUCUCGGUGACACGCUCGGAGUGGGAACCUUCGGCAAAGUAAAGAUUGGGGAGCAUCAGUUGACAGGCCAUAAAGUGGCAGUGAAGAUCCUGAACAGACAGAAGAUUCGCAGCCUGGAUGUCGUGGGCAAAAUCAAGCGAGAGAUCCAGAAUCUCAAACUGUUCCGACACCCGCACAUCAUCAAGCUGUAUCAAGUGAUCAGCACACCAACAGAUUUCUUCAUGGUUAUGGAGUACGUGUCUGGAGGAGAACUCUUCGACUACAUCUGCAAACAUGGACGGGUGGAGGACACAGAGGCCCGCCGCCUUUUCCAGCAAAUUAUCUCAGCCGUGGACUACUGCCACCGUCACAUGGUGGUCCACAGGGACCUCAAACCCGAGAACGUCCUACUGGAUGCCAGCAAGAACGCCAAGAUUGCAGACUUUGGUCUUUCAAACAUGAUGUCUGACGGUGAGUUCCUGAGGACGAGCUGUGGAUCACCCAACUACGCUGCCCCAGAGGUCAUCUCGGGAAGGCUGUACGCGGGCCCAGAGGUGGACAUCUGGAGCUGUGGUGUCAUCCUGUACGCCCUUCUCUGUGGUACCCUCCCCUUCGAUGACGAGCACGUCCCCACGCUGUUCAAGAAAAUCCGAGGUGGCGUCUUUUACAUCCCAGAGUACCUGACUCGUUCGGUCGCCUCGCUGCUGAUGCUCAUGCUGCAGGUGGACCCACUGAAGAGAGCCACCAUCAAAGACAUCAGGGAGCACGAAUGGUUCAAACAGGACCUGCCGGGCUACCUGUUCCCUGAAGACCCGUCAUACGACGCAACCGUAUUGGAUGAGGAGGCUGUCAAGGAAGUGUGCGACAAGUUUGAGUGCACUGAGUCUGAGGUUGUUUCCAGCCUCUACAGCGGCGAUCCUCAGGACCAGCUUGCGGUAGCCUACCACCUCAUCAUAGACAACAGACGCAUCAUGACACAGGCCAGCGAGUUCUACUUGGCCUCCAGUCCACCUCAAGGAUCCUUCAUUGAGGAGGGCAUGCUACUGCCCCCCGGAGUCAAGCCACACCCGGAAAGGAUGCCCCCGCUGCUGGCCGACAGCCCAAAGGCCCGCUGUCCCCUGGAUGCCCUCAACACAACCCGACCCAAACCACUCGCCGUGAAGAAAGCCAAGUGGCACCUGGGCAUCAGGAGCCAGAGCCGGCCCUACGACAUCAUGGCAGAGGUUUACAGGGCUAUGAAACAACUGGGCUUUGACUGGAAGGUGGUGAACCCAUACCAUCUGCGAGUGCGUAGGAAAAACCCAGUAACAGGCAACCUGGUGAAGAUGAGCCUGCAACUCUACCAGGUGGACAACAGAUCCUACCUGCUCGACUUCAAGAGCAUUGACGACGACAGCAUCGAGGCGGUGGGCUUCAAGUCAGGCUCUUCCACUCCUCAGCGGUCCGGCUCGACGGCCGGCCUACACCGACCGAGACUCAGCAUGGACUCAGCAAGCUCAGCGGUGGAGAUGCCUCAGCUCAGCUCGUCACUGCCGGGGUCGCUGUGCGGCAGCUCGCCCAUGCUCGCCCCACGCCAGGGCUCACACACCAUGGACUUUUUUGAGAUGUGCGCCAGCCUCAUCACCACGCUGGCCCGCUGAGGCUGGGAAAGGGGGGCGUGGGGCAGGAAGACAAUCAGAUCAGAGCAAGAUUUUUGUGUGAGGUGUGGGGACUGGUGUUCCAACAAGCUGAUCCAGGAGCAGACAGGUGAGCACUGUUUCUUUUCACCUGAGGUGACAUCCCAAUGCUGAUUAGAGGUCAGUUUGUCUGAGGGAAGACAUGAAGAUGAUUAUCCGUGUAUAUUAUAUUUCUGUCACAAUGUAGCUGAACAUGAGGCACUGCAAACUAAAUCACUUUAUAUAAAUCAUGAAAAUAUUUAUUUUUGGAGAGAUUAUUUGUAGGCAUUGAGCACACAUUUAUUUAAAAGCUUUUUUUAAAAUUGGGAUCGGGAGAUGAUUAUAGAAAUGACAGCGACAGAAGGGAUGUAGUCGAAUAUUCUGAUGCAUUUAUGACACAGCCCAGACACGCACCAUCUCUCAUGAAGGCUACAAAUCUGAUGGCAUAUUAAUAUAAAACACUUGUACUUAAUUCAAGCAAGCACGACGUUGACAGGACAGUCAAUUAAAAGAAAGACUGCUGCUUUACUUUGAACCUUUAAUAAUGAAAGUAAUGAAAAUGUCCAUCACUUGAGCCCAUGCACAUCAACGGCUCAACAGCUGUCUUUUUUUUAAAUUUUAAAAUCCAACUUUAAUACUCAAAACAAGCCCUGUGAGAUGGUGCGUUCAGGGCUGAAGAUGCCACCGAAACCUUCCUCUGGCUGCCUUAAAACAAAUGCAACCAACUCUUUGUGUAUGUGUGUAUCAUAUGAUGGUUGGCAAUAUUUUUGCUGAGUUUGCACACAAGACUCCUUGUUUUUGUACUGUUUGGUGGUCGGCCGUCUCAUCAGAUUGGGCCACAGUCUGCUGGUCAAGUGUCCUCACCACAUAGCAACAUUAUUUCUCUGUCUGAAUGUACAUUUAAUAUCCAAAAAUGUUUUGAAUGGUUCUCUCUGCUUUAUGUUGAUAGGGAGCGUUCAUGCACUGUUGCCUUUCUGCUGUUGAAACGUUCCAAAAAACAAAUCGCAUACCUGGGGGAAAAGACAUAAUAAUACAAACAGGAAGGGGUUAAGAAAAAGGUGGCAGUUUCAGUGUAAUGCAACAAGUGUUACACAAAUGAAGUUGAAAAUUGGGGGAAAAGUUUAAAUUUUUGAAGGAAAAUUUGUAUACUUUGUUGCCUUACUUUUGGUGUAAGCUAUUUUUUAUGACACCCUUAUUUUGUUAAUGGUAAGCACUUAUUUUGUUAUGAAAUUGAAAAGCACUGACAAAAACAAUAUAUUAUAAUGUGCAAAAAUAGUUAUUCUACAAGAAUAAGUUGUAAAGGUAAGAUGAAUAAACUUAAAUUAUGCAAAUAAA